AUGGGUUCAGGAGACAACUUUAUGCCAUCAGCCAUUCCAAUGUUGGAAUCAAAUGUUAUGAUCAUUUGUGGUAUCCUUGAUUUCUUCUUAUUCGGUGUUGGCACCAUCAUUCUUGGUGUACUCGAUAACUGCAAUGUUUGGUGUGUCUUGAUCGGUGUUUUACAACUCUGUCUUCCAUUUGUUGGAUGGCUCUGGUCAAUCAUUUGGGGUGUUAUCAUUCUCCUCAAAGGUUUAGAAAUGUCCAACCCUAAAGUUUUCUUUGAUAUUGCUGCCAACGGAGAAGUCUUUGGUCGUGUCACCUUUGAAUUAUACAAGGAUGUCCCAAAGACUGCUGAAAACUUCAGAGCUCUUUGCACUGGUGAAAAGGGUGAAGGAAAGUCUGGCAAGAACCUCCACUUUAAAAAGUCUGUUUUCCAUCGUAUUAUUCCAAACUUUAUGUGCCAAGGUGGUGAUUUCACCCGUGGUAACGGUACCGGAGGUGAAUCUAUCUACGGUGACAAGUUUGCUGAUGAAAACUUCAUCCACAAGCACACUGGUGAAGGUAUCUUGUCCAUGGCCAACUCUGGUCCAAACACCAAUGGUUCCCAAUUCUUUAUCUGCACCGUCCCAACUUCAUGGUUGGACGGCAAGCACGUCGUCUUUGGUCGUGUCGUCGAUGGUAUGAACAUUGUCCGUAAGAUGGAAUCCUACGGUUCCCAAACCGGAAAGACCUCUGCCGUCAUCUCCAUUGCUGACUGUGGUGAAUUAAAAAACUAA